ACAGACUCCACCCCUCUUCCCUGAUCAGCUGAUUGGUGUAAAUACCUUUGGUUGCCAGGAAGUGCGGCUAACUGCUCAAUUAAAGAAAGGAGUUUAACGAAACAAAACGCAGACAGAUGAACAGAAAUCACGGAUGCGAAUCUGUAACAUCAGCGUUUAGUUUGGCUCGCUCUACAGCAGCCGUAGAGAAGUGAAAAGUGUGUCAUAUUAUUGGCUAUUUUGGACUGAUGUCGCUAACAUUAAAUUGAGCAAAGGGGCCUGAGACGUGACUUGAAAUUUAAAAAUAUAUAUAUAUACAGAAACUAAAUGGAAACGUGUUAAUUACACGCGUGAACCGCCUCAAAUAACACUACAUUCAUUCUCAGGCAGGCUGGAAUCCGUGUGUGUGAACUGCAGCUCAAUGUGAUGCUGGCAGGGCGAGUGGAAGAAGUAUCGCAUCAUUACGACGAGGUUCAGACUUGUUUGAAUAUAUUAUAAAUUAGAAAGACCUUUUAGGAGCCCGAUCAGCGUACAGGUGUUAGUUUGUAACUCGUAUUGUUUGUUUCAAUACAUAGGGUGCCGAGUCUGUAGCUCUGUGGUGGAAAAGAACACGAUAUUGUUUAUUAAGGACCGUACUCUAUAGAUGUGUGUUGGGUCAGCAGGAACUAUUGUUAAUUGUGAAAGCGUCUGGUUAAAAUGCAAAACCAGGAGAGCAGUCUGGCGUGGGGGAAGCUGACCCGGGUCGGCUCUGAGACACGAUCUGAAAUACUGCUCGUCAGCAAGGAAUGCACCAUCGGGAGAAAAAAGGGCUGUGAUCUUUCUUUUCCUGCAAACAAAAUGGUCUCAAGUGAUCACUGUAAAAUUGUUCAAGAUGAAAACUCAGGGGAGGUGUGGCUGGAAGACAUGAGCACCAAUGGGACAGUGAUUAAUAAGUCAAAGGUGGUGAAGAAACAGACGUGUCAACUGCAGAAUGGAGAUGUCAUCUAUGUUGUCUACAGGAAAAAUGAACCAGAUCAAAAUGUUGCUUAUAUCUAUCAUUCUAUAACUGCAGAACAGGCACAUGUGCAAGAACUCAAAGGUGAGCCAUGUAGUGAACCCUUGAUAAGCUCAGGUAUGGAUCCCAGUGUGGAGAAAACACCGGGCAUCGCUGCCCAGUCCCCCAAAGCCAUUCAGCUGCCUUCCCAUGAGGAGCCACAGCCAUCCACUUCCACAUCUGAGCUGUACAGCACCUCCAGCACCACUCACCCAUCCCCUUCAACUUCAGCCUCUGGAAAGCCCUUUGCUGCCGACCCAUUCCCUUCUUCACAAGGACCUUGCUGCUCUUCAGACACUGUGGAUUCCUCUGCAGAGCCUCCAGAGACUGAAGCAGCAGCCGCAGCACAGCCUGACAGUGCUGCCAUACAAGCAGUGGAGGAGGACCUGCAGCCAGACCGGAAGAGAAGAAAGACAGGAUGCAGUGAAGCGGAAAGCUCUCAGAAGGUCACUCCUAAAGAUGCUUUCAUGGAAAAGGGGAAAGCAGGGGGACCUAAAACUGACAAAAUGGAGGAGUCUCUCACCUGUAUCAUCUGCCAAGAUCUGUUGCACGACUGUGUAAGUCUCCAGCCCUGCAUGCACACGUUCUGCGCUGCCUGCUACUCCAACUGGAUGGAGCGCUCCUCUUUCUGCCCCACCUGCCGCUGCCCUGUGGAGCGCAUCUGCAAAAACCACAUACUGAACAACCUGGUCGAGGCAUACCUGCAGCAGCACCCAGAGAAGUGCCGAAGCGAGGAAGACCUGCAGUGCAUGGACAAGCGGAAUAGAAUCACUCAGGACAUGCUGCAGCCAAAGGUAGAGCGCUGGUUUUCAGAUGAAGAGGGCAGUUCCGACUAUCUGAUGGAGCUUUCUGAUGUAGACAGCGAGUCCUCCGAUAUCAGUCAGCCCUUUGUGGUGUGCAGGCAGUGUCCUGGAUUCAGGAAGGACCCCAGUCUGUGCCCAGCUGUCUCUGGACUGGAGGCUGAACAGGGAGAGUUUAAACAAGCAGGGGAAGCACCAUCCACAUCCACCGACACUCCCACAGUUGUCCAGGAAUAUACCUGUCCUCCUCACGGAAGCCAUGUGAUCUGCACUUGCUGCUUUCAGCCCAUGCCUGACCGUAGAGCAGAGGUAGCGAGCCCGCAGCCUGCUCUUCAGCAAUGUACUGUGUGUCAGCGACCCUUCUGCCACGUGUACUGGGGGUGCACUCGGGUCGGGUGCCUUGGCUGUCUGGCUCGGUUCUGCGACCUCAACCUCACUGAUAAAUGCUUAGAUGGUGUUCUCAACAACAACAACUAUGAGUCCGAUAUUCUUAAGAAUUACCUGGUCUCCAGAGGUGUGACCUGGAAGGAGAUGCUCAAGGAAAGCCUGGUGUCUCUUCAGCAAGGAGUGUUUUAUUUGUCCGAUUACCGCAUCACAGGUAAUGCUGUGCUGUGUUACUGCUGUGGACUGCGCAGUUUCAGAGAGUUAGCCUAUCAGUACAGACAGAACAUUCCUGCUGCAGAACUGCCAGCUCCUGUAACUUCUCGGCCUGACUGUUACUGGGGACGAAACUGUCGCACUCAAGUUAAAGCACACCAUGCCAUGAAAUUCAACCACAUCUGUGAGCAGACCCGCUUUAAGAACUGAAGAUCCUUUGCAAUGCUUUCACAUGGAAAGGACUGUGGGAGUCCUUCCUGCAGGAUGUGUGUUCACAGUUCACUGAUGCCUAGUGUUUAAGAACAGUAACGAGUCACCACAAAUACACAGCAAGCACCGUGACUGGGUAUGAAAGCAGCGUGCAGUACACUGCUGAGCUCCCUUUGUAAACUCUGCUUUUCAGCCACAGCCUUAAAAACAAAUGCAAAAAAUAAAUAAAUACAAGUAUAGACAGACGCCUGUACAUUUAAAUGGAAUAAUCAUACAGAGUCAGCCUGGUGGAUUUAUUUGUUAAACAAAAGAUAUUCGGGGAAUAUUCAAAAUAGCUUGCCGAUUUCAUAGUAACAUUUAAUCCUGUUACAAGCCUUUGGUUGGUGCGUUAUAUUAAUGUUAGGUCUAUGAGUAUUAUAUACUGUAUAACGUUUUACAGUACUCUUAAGGAUUCCUAAAUGAACAGUAUUUAUGUGGGUGCUUCCUUGUGAUAUCUUUAACAUUAGCUUUCUGGAGAUGACCGUGGCAGCUGACCAUGCUGUUACUGCUGUGUUGUACAUUGUUAUCACAAUCGGAUGUUUCUCAUCAUGAUCCUUGUGAAUGUUUCCCUCAUCGAUCCGAAUUCAAAGGGAAUGAUGUUGAUACUCCUGAGUCUGCUGCCUUGGUCUGUGCUAACACUGCUAUUGCUGUUGUGGUUAGAGAGUCGAACACCAAGGGUUCCUUCAGGGGAAACACACACAGCAGUAAGAUGGGGAGCUGCUCACACGAUAUCUGGAUAAUGUUUAUUUCAAAAUAUUUAUUGAUAUUGCUUGACGAAAGUUACGUGCAUAUAGAUUACUAUACCUACGAAUGUUUUGUAGGUAGGAAGUGUUGUGUGCACUGCUUACCAUCAUUGAGAAUAUAGAACGUGUGCACUGUGUAAUGGGCAUGACUGACCUGCCUUGCGUACUUCCCUAGAAAACCGCCUGCAUGCCAGAAAAUGCACACAUAAAAACAGAAUAAACAUUCCCCGCUGGUGACUUACACAGCAAGAUUCCAGGCAUCGGCUUCUUUGGGAUUUCCACAGCUGAUCGAUCCUUAUACCAGAGUCUGCACAAUGAUAUGUGGAGGACAACUGCAGCUCUCAUGCAGAGGCGUUCAGUGGGGUUAGAGGUUGCAUACAGUCCGAGUCAACACCAGAAAGAAAGAGAGGAUGUUUGUACACAAUCUGCCCAUCAAUCAAGCAGAUUCAAUGAUUGUCCUGUAACAGGCUUUAUGUACAUUUGAAUUGGCGACUCAUCCCUUCACCUUUCAUUGUGACGGUGCUUCCUUCCUCUCCCAAUGCAUUUUCCUGCCGAUAGGACACAGUAGUAGACCACAGCUCUCUGUUCCAAUGGCUGCUAAUGAAAGAAUCAGACCUCCUCAAAGGUGUUCUGCAGGUUCCAGCUCUGUACUGCUGUGUUUUGUGAUGAUGAGCUAUUCCAAAAAAAUGGAAUAAUAAAUGGCCUUGCACAGUGUUUUUUUAAUGCAAAUUAAUCCCAUUUUUAUACAGCUGCCACUGCCCAGGUAAAAAAUAAAUAGGUAUUUGACUUCUGGGCUCACUGAAUUGCUAAAAUGUGCAUUUUAUUAACUUCUGUCUCGUUUGGUCCUAACUGGAUCAUGUACUCAACAGAGGGACUGUCUGUCUGUUGGUUUCUAGUUGUGUAUUUUAGUGUAAUCUGGGGUGAUGCUUGCUGGAAGAGAUGCAGUCACUUUAACGAGAAAGCCUUAUAAGCAUUCUACUGUGUAUUGUACAGUUUUAGAAGUUGCAGUGACAAAAACAUUAGUUAGGACUAAAUGGAAAACGACUAGGGUCUUUGGCAGUGUGCAGUUUGUUUUAUUUACUAGUUGUGUAAAAGCUGAAGACCGGCACCUCUUUGUGUUGUUGUUUGCUGCUCUCUACGCUACAAAAGAACAGCAGGUUUACUUUACCUAGUAUAUCUAGAAAAGAGGAUUUUUGCCAUAGAAAUGUUAGUUUGCUUUGUCUAAGAUUGGUUUCUUAUGUUAAGCAUUGCAAUGCAGUUACUAGGACAUUCUAAUUUCCUGAUGAGUUUCUAACAUAUGAAAGUUUAACACUUGCCUAUGAAUUUACCUAUGAUUAAUGGGUCCAGACCCAGCAUAAAAAAGGCAGGUUUGUUUGACAGAGUUCGUAGGUAUGGUGCAGAUUUUAAAAACACAAAACAGUUUGUUCUGGAGUCUUUCUGCUGCAGACAGAUCGGAAUCCCAUCACAGUCCUGUUUCUUUUUAAAUGUGUGAUCAGGAAUAGAAGUCCUGCCUGUGCCGGAGGGGCCCGUGUGUUCAUGCAAGUUUUCUCAUACAGGACUGGACCAGUCUGGUGUAUAGUACUGCACUCUGCUCAACAGAAUAACACAAAACCCUACCUCAUCCAGGCUUGCAAGACAAUUACAAAAUAAGCUUUCGUUCAAAUCAGCUUCCUGGCGUAAUAGCAGUAUGAUAAGCACAGUUAUUUUGAGAAAAGUAACAAGCAAAUUGCUAGCAAUGCUUCCUCUCCGUCUGUAUUAGUGCAGUUCAGAAAAUCACUUACUGGUGAAUAGAGCAAUGUACUGUACUGAAAAAAAAAAAAAUAACGCAUUUGAAAUACUUUUUGGGUUACACUAAUAAAAUGUUAUCAACGUG